AAAAAAAAAAAAAAAAAAAAAAAAAAGAACGAUUUUUUUUUAAUAAAAGAUGACCAUAUUAAACAGAGAUGUUCUCUACUUGAUAAUUGAAGAAUUACGAAAUGACAAAAAUACAUUGAUUUCAUGUCUAUCAGUUGAUAAAACUUUUUGUGAAAUAAUUGUUCCAAUUUUAUGGAAAAAUCCCUGGAAAAUUUUAAAAUUAGAAAAGAAGUAUAAGAAAUUAUUAUUAAAUGUAAUAAUUUCCCAUUUUUCUGAUGAAACGAAAAAUUAUUUAAGUCAAAGUGAUUCAUUAAUAUACUUAUAUAAAAAAAAACCUUUGUUCAAUUAUAUUAGUUUUUGUAAACAUUUAAAUUUUGAAAUAAUCCGAUUUAUGAUUAAUUCAUUUAAAGAAAGAUCUAAAACUACUUUAAUUUUAAAUGAAAUGUUAAAACUUUUUAAUAAUGAAGAUCUAAAAUUUUCACACCUUUAUAUACCCAAAUUUUUUGAUUAUCAAAUCAAUUUUACUGAAAAUUGUUGUUCAGGAAUUAAAUAUUUUAGUUGUAGUACUGAUAUAAAGGAUAAUAUUUUAUUUGAAUUAGUGGAGAAUUGUAAAUCAAUUGAAGAAUUAGAAAUUCGUUUUGGUGGUCAUAAAUAUAAUAAUGGAAUUGGUAGAUUAAUCGAGGCUCAAAAAAACUUGUUUAGCUUUAGUUUAAUAGAUCAUAAUUAUCAUCGUGAUUUAUCGUUUGAUGAAAUUAUUGAAAAUGCAUUAAUUAAACAUUCAAAUAACAUAUAUUAUUAUAAGAUAACUACAUCACCUACAAAAGUUCUUUCAUCUUUUGUAAAUUUAAAAAUAUUGGAAUUUGAUGAUAAUAGAGAAUUGGAUUUCUUAUGGAAUUAUUCUUUACCUCAUUUACAAAUUUUAAGAGUUAAAUCUUUUUCAGAGAAAGGAUUAGCAGAUUUAAUUAAAAGUACUUGUGGAUCUCUUAUUGAAAUAAAAAUUGAUUAUUGUGACUAUUAUGAUUGUACAGAUAUCAUUCAAGCUAUUUAUCAAAAUUGUCCAAAACUCAAAUAUCUUAAAUUAAGAAUAGGAGAUUGGGAUAUUUUUGAAUUUGAAAAAAUAUUAAUUAAUUGUCAAUAUUUAGAUACAUUAUUUAUUAUUAUUGAUAAUCUUUAUUAUUGGAAUUUUUUAUUUGAUGUAUUAACAAAAUCAUCACCUAUUGGUUUAUUUAAAUUUAAAUUCAACCUUAUAUUUGAUUCAUUUUAUAUACCUUUAAAACCAUUUUUUGAUAAUUGGGUAGGCAGGUGUCCUAUAUUAUUAAGUUUUGAUAUGACAACAGCAGAACAUAUGGAAGAUUUAUUAAAGGAAUAUGAAGAUAAAGGAAUAAUUGAAAAUUAUAGUAAUUUGUGUGAUGAUGAUGAUGGUUUUGAAUUGGGAAAAGUAAAGAUGAUGAUAUGAUUAAAUGAUUUUUUUUUUUAUUUGUUUAUAGUGGUUGUUUAUAGUGGUUGAUAUUAUUUUUUGAGAUAUUAUUGUGAUGGAGACUUUUAUUUUUUAUUUUGGUACAAUAAAUUUACAAAUACAUUAACUAUUGCAAAAAUGUUUUUUGGACCUUAUACAUAAUUAAAUAUAUACUGUACAUGUUCUAUAUAUAUCACUAUACGGCAUAAGCUGUCUUCACCUUAAAGUUACCAAAAUUGAAGUAUUAUUUAAAUAGGGAGAUUCUUUAAUUUUCGUUAAAACCAAAUGUUUUCCUUCAUUUAAUAUCAUCAUUGCGGCGGAUGUAUGAAAUUUGGCAAAAACUCUACUGCGACCUCGGGAAUUAAAAUUGACUUACG